CAAAACCCAAAAUCACAUUCUUUCAAUCGAUUUCUCAUCUUCCUUCUGUCCCCCCUCGCACCAUCUCCUGUCCGUCAUGUCCGGCGUCCCUCUCCGGCGCCCGUCGACUUCAAAACGAGAAUCGAAGUCAUUGGAAUGUGAGGUGUGAGGUGAAUCUCGACUUCGAAACGGAGCGACUCAUUUGCAAUCACGCCUCUGUUCAUCUCCAGUUGGGGUCGGAAAUCUAAAUCGCCUGGUUUUAGCAGGAAUUGUGUUCACCAUUAACGCCAGCUAUUGCGAAAGGAAAUCUACAGCUUCCUGUAUUUACUAGAACCCUAGCCUCUCCGGCCUCCUCUCCACAAACCUUUCUCGCCGAUUUGGAGCUUCAACCAGAAGAAUUUGUGUUUCGAAGAGUCGGACUCUGGAGAUUCUGGCAAGUCUGGAUAACAAACAUAAGUAAGCAGAAAGUUCAGUUACAAUUAUACUGAAGUUCUUGCAACACUUACCAAAAUUUGUAGGCUGACAUCGACUCUGGCGGUAAGGAUUGCAGUAGGCGAUUCUAACUGUAUUUACCCUAGAUACGCUCCGUGCUACAACACGUUCACUGCACUUUACAGAACUUAUGUAGCAAAAUUUCUAAUCCAAUGGAUCUCAGACCAUUCAAGCAGGACAUUGAUGAACUCAUAAAUGGGUUUGCUGAGGUAUCACUUCAUGUUGUUCCAUCGGCAUUUAAUUCUUUCAGAUGUUACAGAAAAAAUAAAUGGACUACCUUGGCCAAUAUGAAGAGAGUAUGGCUUUCAAGAAAAUUUUCCUUCAUAUUUGAGGCGAGUCCUUCUGUGAACGUGGCUUUCUUUAUGCAAUCACUCUAUUCACAUUCAAUUGGUUACAUGAUCUCCACUGCUUCCUUGUCACAUAGACUGGGUGGUCUCUAUUGCCUUUACUGUCUCUACGAGGUUCAACCAUUCAAACCUCCAUUCAAAAUAUAUUUAUCCCUUGGAGACCUGAAAAGGCUUAGAAGCCUAGUUGUUGAUGCUAAAGAAAAGGGAAUAAAGGUGGUAUCUGCUUUGGUGAAAAAGAUGCUUGACAGGAAUGUAUUCCUUUUUGGGUCUGUUGACACAAAUGAUGCCUCUGUAACAGAGAGGGUAAAUGAACUCACAGAUAUACAGAAUGCCCGCAUUCGAGUUGCAUAUAAGAAGUUGUUUUCAAAUACACGUAUUGAGCAGUUUAUCCACAUGGAUUUGGGUAAGGAACUUGAGGUUGAUGUGCUAAAGAAAAUGUCAACAGAUUAUGCAGUUGCCAAGGAACUUGCAAUUGAAGAGGCUAGCGAAGUGGUGGAUGUCCAAAACAUAAAGCACAUAAAAGGUGAUCAUAAAUUGAUUGGGGAAGUGGUGGAGAAGACUGCUCAGGACUGGAAUGCAGAGAAAGACGCGUUUUAUCAACAAACAGGAGUGGAACGACAUGCCAGUGAAGUACCCCUACUACUGCAAGGCAAUGAAAUAUUUGAACAAAAGGAUGGUAGUAACAUUGAGCAGGAAGAAACUGAACACUUUGAACAGCAAGAUGAUGAAAACUUUGAACUACAGGAAGAUGAAAAGUUUGGUGAGGAGCUGGAAAGACAAAUGCUGUCUGGUGAAGAACUGUAAUGAGAGAUGGCAUUGGAUGAAGGCAUAGAACAAGAAGUUCCAUUCUUUGGGGCAGAACAUUGGAUAACAGCUUGAGAUGUCAACAAGGAUUCUCUUGGCUUCCAAGUUCCUUCCAUAGUGUCAACCGAGUACUCAUCAUAGGCGGCUAGGACAGUUGCUCCCUCGGAUAUAAUUUGGUUCAAGAACGUCUAGCCACAAAUUCCCAAUUCCAGCCUAUGAUGGAGGGAUCUUGCAGAUGUUUUGAAUUAUGUAUUUUGUGAUACUUCUCAUGUGAACAAAUUCAUUGGGAAGCUAUUAGAUGUGCCUGUUUGUGUAGGUCUCAAUAUCAUUUUGAUUAUAGCAGAGGGAAAGUCUGGAAAUUCUUGAAAUGUUUUGUUGUUAGUUAAAUCUAGGGAUUGUUGAUCUUUCUUCAGCCAAUCUGUCUGUAGCCCUAGCUAAUUACGUGCCUUUGAUUGGAAAAACUUUGGUUUGUUCAAACGUCAUUUUUAA